AUGGAGGCGUUUGCCAUGUUCGCGGCUGUAAUGGGGAAAUCCGUACAACCCGCUUCAACAUCCUCCGCACCACCACCAGAGACCGUUCAAGAAACUACCGCUGAGCCGGAGGCCGUCGCAGAACCCACUGCCGCCGUUUCAGAACCAACCGCUGCAGAAACUCGCGAAGACGAAGCAGAUCUGGCCGCGGGGUUGGAGUUGUUGACCGUAAGUGCACCUAGGUUAGGAUCUGCCACUGAGGGGGAAACCCCUGUUUUAGAGGAUAGAGUGGUUGGUGUUUCUGAGGGGGAAACCCCUGUUACUAAUAGCCGUGUUGAGGGGGAAACCCCUCAGAAGGAGGAAGAAAUGCUGGGUCCAGAAGCCACAACACCUGAAAAGGCAGAAUCUCCCAGACCGAGCAGAGGGGAGAGUGAUGCAGAGGAACGCCGCCACGCGGCCGAGAAGAAAAGGAAGGGGAAACAAAUUGUUCCUUCCAAGACCAAGAAGGCGAAAGGGAAAUCCACUAAAUUCCCACUUCCUCUACCUGCCAAAGUACCAUACGCUGCAGAGCCAGAGGAUUCUGCUGGGUCUAGUGAGUCUGAAGAAGAACAAGAAGAGGAGCUCAACUUUGAGCCAACUGAGAUCGGGAUUACAAGCAAGCUCCUGGACGAGAUGAGAAAGUUUGACGACCCGAAACGCGCAACCAUCCACAAGGAGAAGAGUGCCCAGGGCAACACCGCCGAAGUUCCAAUCGACCUGGCAAGGGAAUUCUUCUCCACCUUCCGAUUUAAGUCCACCAUCGAUCUGAAUGCUGACUCCAUCAAAUUCCGGCUCUUCUAUGAAGAGCAUGUGAUGAGCAUCCGUGAAUGGACUCUAAGGAUGGGACUGCUUACGCGCACAGAGGAUGAUGAGGGUUUGUGGAGCGAGAGAAUGAUUGGUCCGCCGAAGCUGACGCCGGGAUUCAAGACGCAGAACGCAUGGGAGUUUGUGGCUCACCCUAGGGGAAGGGACGUGUGCUUUUAUGAGGUUGGUCAGUCGGAGGCGCAGACGAAGCAGGAGCCUGAGAUGGUGGAGGCGAAGGAUACCGCUGACAUGGAAGCCGGAGCCAGGAUAGAAGUAGAAGAAGGGAUUGUGGCCCUACGGGAUAAAGGAAGGGACCGUGCUGAGGAUGCAGAAGUCAGAAAGUUAGUUGAGGAAGUGAGAAGCGACGUAGAGAAUGUGAGGAAGGAGGUAAUCGGUGUACGAAAAAAAGUGACGGAGAUACGGAGGAAAAUGGGGAGAAGUAGAGAGGAGGUCGUAGCCCUGAAGGGGCGUAUCACCGACCUACUGGCAGAAUCGUCAAGGCGUUCCGACAGGAUGGCGGAGGCCGUCGCAAUGAUGAUGAAGAUGACGAAGUGGCUUCAAGCGAAGUUCCCCGAGACACCGAUGGGACUUUCUGCACCUAGCGGCGAUUCCAAGACGCCAGGUCAAGGGAGUCUAGCUGUGCAGAAGCCGCCACAAGCCCAAAGGCCUCAGACCACCCCGUCUUCCUCCAGGCCUAUCGUGAUGACUUUUGAUGAUUGA